AUGCAAACGACUAGUACACCUCGUCCGCAACAACAAGCAAGUCCUCUUGAAGCCCUUGAUGAUACACAAAGGUUCAUCAAUUGGCGGCAAGCGAGGACAUUAUUGAUUAGUAGUACAGGCUUCUUUACCGAUGCCUACGAUAUUUUUAUCAUCAACCUGGUCACGCCCAUGUUGGGUUACAUCUAUUACAAAGACGACCAUAACCAGAUGCCCAGUGGUAUUCAAGGUCCCUUUAAGGGUAUGGUAUCAUUUGGCCAGCUUGUUGGUCAAUUAACAUUUGGUUUCCUUGGUGAUGCCUUUGGAAGAAAAUCCAUUUAUGGUCUCGAGCUCUUAUUGAUCAUCAUUGCCACCAUCAAUUGUGCUACAUCCGCUUCCGCCGUGGAAGGUGUUGGUGCAGUUGGCUUUCUUGGCUUUUGGCGUUUCAUCUUGGGUGUUGGCAUUGGAGGUGACUAUCCAAUGUCGAGUACAGUUGCUUCUGAAUGGGCAUCUACCCAUAACCGAGGAACGAUGAUUGCCUUUAUUUUCUCAAUGCAAGGUGUGGGACAAAUCGUUGCUGCAUUGGUGACCAUGGUAUUACUUGCCAUCUUUAAGGGCGCUGUCGAGGAUAACGUCGACAACCUUGAUUACGUAUGGCGUUUAUGUAUUGGGCUUGGAUGUAUCCCAGCAGUGGCAACCAUCUAUGGGCGAUGGACCAUGCCUGAAUCGCCUCGUUAUGCCGUCAACGUACAAAACGACUCCGAAGGUGCACACGCAGCUAUUGCAGCCACAGAAACCUUUAGAGCCAAAAAUCGACCAUGUGUACCAUCAUCCAACCUUGACGAUGAAGAGAAAAGCACGACGCAUCAACAACUUGAACAACAACAACAGGAUGAUUUUGUGGUCGUUGCACAGCCUGAAACACCCGUUUCCAAUGCACCCACAUCCAUGAUUGAAUAUGCUCCUGAAUCUCAAUCCCAUCUCAGCGGCAAUAAUAGGGAGCCUGAAACUGCUAGUUUAGGUUCUGAAAAGACUGUAACCACCAUCCAUGAUGAAAAUGUUUUACAACCACAGAAACGAAAGACACAAAAAGAGAUUCGACGAGAAAACAUUCGAGACUUUGUUCAGCAUUUUCGAAAAUGGAAAAACUUAAAAGUGCUUCUUGGCGUAAGCCUUUGCUGGUUCUUUAUGGACAUCGCCUUUUAUGGUACCAAUCUUAACCAGGCCUUGAUUUUGAGCUCAAUGGGUUUUGCACCUACUGAUCUUGGUGCUUGGGAUACGUUAUUCAAGCAAGCCCUUGGUAAUCUUAUCUUGGCGGGUCUUGGAUCGUUUCCAGGCUAUGUCAUGAGCGUGCUCACCAUUGAGCGUAUGGGAAGAAAACCAAUCCAAUUCAUGGGCUUCCUUAUGGUGGGAGCUCUGUAUAUUGUUCUUGGUGCAGGAUGGGAACCCAUCCAAGAUACAUCAGUGGCACUUUUCAUUGUCAUUUUUGCCAUUUCUCAAUUCUUUUUUAACUUUGGUCCCAAUGUCACCACCUUUGUAUUGCCUGCAGAGGUGUUUCCUACUCGCCAUCGUGCCAAGGCACAUGGUAUUGCUUCAGCUUCCGGUAAACUCGGUGCCAUUAUAGCCACAUUUGCCUUUAACGCCUUGGCGGAUGUGGGUGGUCCACCUGGGAAACGUCAUUUUCUUCCCUAUGUAUUGAUCAUCUUUGGCGUAUUGAUGCUCAUUUCGGUUAUCUUUACUCAUUGGGUACCCGAGACAAAGGGACGUCCAUUGAGUGAUUUUGAAUCAUGA